AUGGGGUUUUCAGCGGCAUUGGGCCUCGCUUUCCUCUGGGGGUUUGUCAGCGGGGUGCUUUCUUUCAACCCCUGGGAUUUCUCUGCCAGGACUCCGGCUGUUCGGCGAGCCAUCCCAAACGUCCCACCUGCGUGGCAACCCUACUACCCUGCCUGGUCGCAGGCGGAGCCCUGGGCACGGGUGGACGAUGCUCAGCCUAGAGCGCUGUCCGCCUUCGCCCCCGUCUCGGCACAGUGCGGGGAGGCCCAGGUGGUGGUGGCUGUGAUGAGGGACCUCUUUGGGACCGGGAGGCUGGUCCAGGCGGCGGACCUCAGCCUGGGGUCUUCCGGCUGCAAGCACACCGCCCUCGACGCCGCCGAAGACACGGUGGUCUUUGAAGCGGACCUCCACGAAUGCGGGAGCACCUUGCGGAUGACUCCAGAAUCCUUGGUCUACAGUAUCACUCUGUACUACAAACCCACCCUGGCCAGCAACGCAGUGGUGAUCAGAACCAGCCCGGCGGAAAUCCCCAUUGAGUGCCACUAUCCAAGGAAGAGCAACGUUAGCAGUAAAGCCAUCAAGCCGACCUGGAUCCCCUUCAGCUCCACUCUCUCCGCCGAACAGAAGCUGAGCUUCACGUUGCGAUUAAUGAAUGAUGACUGGAGUUCCGAGAGACUCUCCAGUGGGUACCAGUUGGGGGAUGUUAUGAACAUCCAGGCAAACGUGAAUGGCGAAAACCACGUGGCGCUGAGACUUUUUGUUGACAGCUGUGUCGCCACCCUGAGCCCGGAGAGGGAUUCCAGUCCCCGAUACGCUAUCAUUGACUACAACGGAUGCCUUGUUGACGGGAGAUCAGAGGCCAGCUCGACCUUCUUAUCCCCAAGGGUCACAGAAGACUCGCUCCGGUUCACAGUAGACGUGUUCAGGUUUACGGGAGACCCUAGAGGCUUGUUCUACCUAACUUGCCACUUGAAAGUGACUGCUGUUGACCAGGGCCCCGAUCCUGUAAAGAAGGCAUGCUCUUUCAGCGAAGCAAGCAACACGUGGAUUCCAGUGGAAGGUACAAGAGACAUCUGCAGCUGCUGUGAAACCAGGAACUGUGGACCGACUGCUAGCCAGCCAGGGAGAGCCAAUCCCUGGGACAGAUGGGCUUCGGGAAGGCGAGUCGGCAGAGAUGUGGCAACCAGACGUGACAUGCAGAAAAAAGAAGUGGAGACAGAUGUUACAUUAGGACCCGUCUUCAUCGUAGAUGCGUACAUGGCUUCCAGAAGGUCCCUGGGCCACCAAAGUCCAGCACUGGAGGCAACUGCAGAACAUGGGAGUUUUUCGACUCCUGCGCUGGCAGUGGGGCUGGCGUUGAUGGCUGUUGCCAUGAUCCUGGCUCUGGCUCUAGCCAUUCUCCUCUUGGCCAAGAAGCGUUCUGGCUCCUCUUAAGAUAUUCCAAUG